AUGUUAAGCAUGCGGUGGGUGAUCUGGUGGAAUAUUCUAAUAGCGCUCUACGCGCCAGGUCCUUCCAUAGGGCAGACAGCCACGCCGACCAUCUGCGAGGAUGAAUCCUGCCGCUGUGACUCAUUUACAAGGGUCAUAUGCAGCUGUACGAAGGAGUUAGAGGAAGUGACUCUCAGGCCACAAGGUGCUUAUAGAAUACCACCUAUGACCACUGGUAUAAGCAUAGAAGGAUGUCAUAGUGUAACAUUUCUUCAAAAUACUAUUCGAAGUCUUAUUCAACUAAGAACUGUAGAAUUAAAGAAUAUCAGCAACAUCAUGAUCCGCGAACGAGCUUUGGAUUGGUCUCCCUUUAGCAGAGACAGUGAAAUGAAUCCAGGAAUUCGGUUAACAAUAGAAAAUAGUACUGUAAGUGAAAUAGCAUCGCACUCUAUUCAAGGAAGAAUCAACGAAGUGCUCAUCAGCAACAGCCGAAUUAUUAAUUUACGACCCUUCGCGUUUUCUAGUCUAACGGGAGUGAAAAGUGUCGAAUUCAUUAACAAUGAUUUUAUCAAUAUAGACAUACAGACUUUUAAAAAGUUUACUACAUCUAAUUUUAUAAUACGCGGUGGAACUAUACAUAAUUUACCAAGUAGAUUUUUAUCAGAUGUAGAAGUUACUAAUUUAUUUCGACUAGAUGGCGUAAAAAUAAAAUAUUUAUCAAGUUUAACGUUUCUUGUCACCGCACCAAAGAGAAUUUUAAUAGAAAAUAAUGUUAUUGAUACAAUAGAAGGUGAUUGCUUUCACAUGGUUUCUAGAGGUCCGAUAACCUUUAGAAAUAAUUCUGUAACUGUAUUAAAUAAGGGAGCUUUAUUAGGUUUUUCUGUGCAAAGGGAAGUAAUAGCAGUAAUGGGGCGUCAAGAAUUAUUAAUAGAUAAUAAUACAAUAACUAAUUUAACUCCCGCCGCUUUAGUGUAUAAUCAAACAGUUCUUACAAUGCGUGUUGAUGGACUAAAUUUAAAUAAUUCUUGCACUUGUGAGCUGGCAGAAGAAUGGCAUGAUAUUUAUAAUAAGCAAGGCGGAAUUAUAAACUGCUGGUACGAAUUGGAAGGAUAUUUUAUUUCGCUGCCAACUUUCGUCAGUAUACGAUGUGGAACCUUUAAACAAACGUUUUGGAUCUUUGUCGCGGUAGGCUUUCUAUUUAUUGUAUUAGCGGCCGGCAUUGCUAUAUUUUUCAUAGUCAGAAAGGAGAAUGAAAAGAAAAAGAAAUUACAAAUAGUUUUACCAGACGGUAAGACGUAUAAAGAAACUGAGUUUCAUGUUAUCGUGGAAAGAGCUGAGCUACUUACGACAGACUUGUGA